UCGGCUGUCAAAUCUGACUUCUUUCAACUCUCUCUUUUCCGGCCUGUACGACGAUUGUGUGAACACAUUUUGUGAAGAGCCAAGGCUAACAAAAUCAAUUCAAGAUGGUGAAGGGAAAUCAUAUGAUUUCGAAUGGUCACUUCCAUAAAUACUGGCAGCGACACAUCCGUACCUGGUUUAACCAGCCGGCACGCAAAUACCGUCGCAGGCAAAAUCGUAUUAAGAAGGCUAAGGCUGUAUUUCCCCGACCGGCUGCUGGUCCGCUACGUCCAAUUGUGCGGUGCCCAUCGCAACGCUACAACACCAAGAUCCGAGCUGGACGUGGAUUUACCCUUGCCGAACUGAAGGGAGCCGGUCUGACUAAAGGCUUCGCCCAGACUGUUGGCAUUGCGGUCGAUCCCCGCCGUCAGAAUAAAUCGGUGGAAAGCCGUCAGCAGAACAUCCAACGUUUGAAGGAGUACCGCAGCAAAUUGAUUCUGUUCCCGAUUCACCCGAAGAAGAAGCUGCGCAAGGGUGAAGCCACUGAGGAGGAACGCAAAUUGGCCACUCAACUGAAGGGUCCGGUACUGCCGAUCAAGAACGAGAAGCCAACGAUCGAGUACCGCCCGAUCACCGAAAAGGAGAAGAAAUUCUCCGCUUUCCUGGCUGUCCGGCAAGCUCGUUUGCAUGCGCGUCACUUCGGUGCCCGUGCCAAGAAGGCAAAGGAGAAUGCAGAGAACGAAGCCAACCCAGCUGCGGCCACCGAGAAGAAGGGAAAGAAGUAAUUCCGUUUUGCCAGCAGGUAACAGUGUAAAAUUUUUAUUAUUUUCUCGUGCGGUUAAGUGAGCGAAACAAAAUAAAUGCUUUGGAUUAGUGUUUACCAAUCCAAGUACAUAAUAACAAAUAGUUUUU